CUCCCAUCCCAUCUUUUAGCCGGCCUCUAUAUAUACACUCUCCUUCCAGCUUUGUCAAAACAAGCUCGCCAAAACAAACUACUUUCCUCCAUUCAUAUCUUCCUCAAAUUCAGAGUACUCACAGAGAGAGAGAGAGAGAAGAGAUGUGCUCUCCAAGCAAGGCUUCUUUGAUCGUGGCAGCGAGCAUGGGAGCUGUGGAAGCUCUCAAGGACCAAGCAGGGCUGUGCCGUUGGAACUAUGCCAUCAGAUCUCUCAACCAGCAAGCCAAGAACAACAUCCGUUCCUUCCCUCAGACCAGGAGGGCGUCUUCUUCUUCUUCUUCUUCUUCUUCUUCUUCUGACAUUGGGAGGAGGAAAGGAUCGGAGGGGGCCGAUGAGAAGGCCAAGCGAUCGGAGGAGGCGCUGAGAAAAGUCAUGUACUUGAGCUGUUGGGGUCCUAAUUAGGACUUCGGAAGCAGGGGAGACCCAAAAAUAUAACAAGUCUCUGUUUGGGUGUCUCUGCAUCCAACUAUUUGAGUACUUUGUAAAUAUCAUGAGUUUAGAGAUAUACUGCGAUUUUUGGAAAUGGACUUCGUGUAUUUUUGUUUCCUCCCGAAUUGCAGUACGAGAUUGUUUUUCAUUCCGAUAUGGACCCAUUAAAUGGCUGAGGCAUUUGAUUUUGAUCGGUCCUCACUAGGAUACAGUGGACUGGAGGAAGCCAGUUACCGGACCAAAUUGAGAACACUUUAUUACUAACGCCUUA